AUGGAAAAGUACUUGUUUUCAAUAAUUUUUUUGCGGUUUUUGAUGGUGUUUGCAAGUGAAUUACUUCCAACUGAUCCAAGCUAUCAAAAACUAAAAAAUGAGGCAACAAAUGGCUCUCUCUGUUUUGGCGGUGAAGCUGUCAACGAACAAACAAACAUCAGAUCCAUGCUGGAAUGUUCAGUCAAAUGUUCCCAACAUAAUCCUUCAUUUUACAUGGUCGGAGCAGUGAAUGCAACAUGCAAUGCAUUUAAUUACGUGACCCAAGACGACAACACUUCCAUGUGUCAACUCCAUCACGUAGAAUCUCGAUCUGAUAACUUUCCAACAUUUCAGGUAAAAAAUUGUAGAGGAUAUUUUGCUAUUGUGGAUAGCCCACAAAAUAAUCCUAAUGUUGCUACUGUAUCCGCUUCUACGGCAACAACUGCUACUGCAAGUGCAAGUUUACUUGAUACAUCUUCUACUAGCGACACGAUAUCAACCACACAUUCUGCCACUCUGUGUCCUAGAUUAGAAUUCUAUGCAACUACUGAGGCAAUUUAUCUGAUAUUUCCAAACGCUACUUCAUCAACCACCUUGUUGUCUGUCAAUGGAUGGAUUGUUGUUCAGCAGAGAGUUGAUGGCGCGCAAAGUUUUAGUCAGAGUUGGGCUUCAUAUAAGGCCCACUCAGCCAACUACAGAUUGAGAUUUGAAGUUCUCAUAAAUGGAUACUGGAUGUCGGAUGAAUACGAUAGUUUCAAAGCACAGCUCAAAUAUGCGAUUCAUGCCUCAGGUUACUGUGGAAAUCAUUACGACGUUUUGAACAUGCAACUUUCUGGAGGUAUUUACGUAGUGAACGGAAUGAAAUUUUCAACUCCAGAUCAGGAUAACACCUCAAACCUUUUCAGAUGGGCACAAAGUUGCUUGAUGGGAUAUUGGAUCAACACAGGGUGCAUUGGCAACCUUAAUGGAAUAUAUGACAAUUCGCUUUUGUAUUACGAUGCUAGAAUCAACUACUGGCUUCCGGCGAGCUUCUGUAGGAUUAUGACUAAGAUAACUUGA